AUGGACCCUGCAAAGGAGAAGGAGAGUGAGGGCUCGCCCUCGUCUGACGAUGAGGAGAAGCCGAGACCCCCCAUCCGCCGCGCACAGUCGCCAACACCAUCGCAACGUCAAUCUUGCCUGAGUGAAACGGAGAAGGCGCGACUGCUGGACCAGGCUGUGAAGGAUAUCUGCGAGGCAGACUUCGUCGCUAUCGACUUGGAGUUCACGGGCCUUUUCCCGCAGGCAUUGUCAGCCUCUUCGAAACGCCCGCCCUCUCUCUCCUCGUACUACGAGCUUUGCAUCCAAGGCGCCGAGUUCUUUCUCGCGCCGCAGUUGGGCAUCUGCACAGCGCGCCGCUGUCCGCCGGCGGGCGCGUCCGCCUCCGCUUCCUCAGCCUCCACCCCUGCCGGCGGAAGCGACGGCGGCCGGUCGACCGCAAGUAACGAAAAAACUUGCGCAGGCGACAGCUGCGGAGCUUCUGAGAAACCCGAGUGUUGCCAAGAGUCACAACCGAGUGGGAAGUGGAUACUGGCUCCCUACACGUUCCACGCGUUUCCCAGCCAGCGCACGCAGGGCGGUGUCGACACGUGCACGCUCAAAUGGCUUCUCCAGAAUGGAUUCGACUUCAACCAGUGGAUCAGCACAGGCUUCAACUACAUGCGUCUCGCAGAACUUCAACAGCAGGCGCGCCAGGUGGCAAACUCACCGGCCUCCCAGCGCCGCGGCUCGGCCGCGGGCAAGGCCGGCGGGCCGAGCGGCUCCUCGACCGACGAGGGCGUCGCCGAAGGCACCUACGGAAGGGCUUCGAGGGACAACGGCGGACGAACGCAACACGCGGACUGCGAAGCCAGAGGCGACGCUUCCGCCGCUGACAGUUUGGGGCCACAGCUCUCCGGGGGCCUUGAGGUGACGGGACUGCAGCGGCUUAUCGAGGCAAUCGUGGAGAAUGAGAAGCCGCUAGUGGUGCACAACGGGCAUCUCGACUUGCUGCAUGUCUUCGACAAGUUCAUUGGGAAAGCUCCCGACACCCUGCGUGAAUUCUGCGUCGAACUGCUACGGCUAUUCACAGGAGGCAUAUACGACACCAAGCAUCUGGCAAACGAAGGCAAGACGUUUGUGUUGAAGAUAGGGGAUCCGAGGACCACAUCUCUGUUGGCGCUUCGUCACCAUCUCGUUCGCAGUGAGAGCCUGUGCGUCUUCGAGAUCGCGCUGCAUCGGAGAGGCGACUUCAAUCUGACGUUUCAGCAACUGAACUGCGACAACGGGCCAGAGUGUGGACGGUCGCACGAGGCAGGGUACGACGCCUUAUUGACCGCUCAGACAUUCGUGCUGGAACUUGACCUCUACGCGCAACACUACUCUCUCGCUGAACGGGAUACAUCCGGGACCGACGAAGGCGCAGAGCAACUUGACGAUGAUCUUUGGGCUUUAGAAGAGUCCCGGCCGGCAAAGAAACGCCGCAAAAAACGGAAAAAUAGGCCGAGGCGCCAGCCAAUCCCGAUUGACUGGAAUAAGCACCGGUGGUACGCCCCAUUCAGGAAUCAUAUAGGGGUUUCUGGCGUCAGGCCUGGCUACAUUGACCUCUCUACAGCAGGGCAAGAGCUAGAGGACGCCGAUAGCGUGCUGCUGUCGGCGCAGAAGUGA